AUGCUAUGCUCCAGAGGCUUGUUUGGCUUGAGAGGUCUACACGUGCCUCAAGACUGGCAAACAAUUAAGCACCAGACACUCAAAGCGUGCAAUGAUCUGGUAUACAAGAUCCUCUCUAACCGCGAAGGCAGCGUGCUCCAGGAUUUCGACGAGCUCUCAGACACUCUCUGCCAGGUACUCGAUGCUUCCGAACUGGCUCGGAACGUAUCAGCGGAGCCUGAACACGUGGAGGCGAGCGAGAGUGUGUUUAGGGAACUCUCUCAAUACAUGCAAGAGCUGAACUGUGACGAGAAUCUGUGUGGAGCACUGCUCCGCAAGCAGGACGCAGUAACCUGCGAGGAGCAAGCACUGGUCCGCUCGUUGCAACGCGACUUUGCUUUGCGCGGAGGAGCAAGUUUAUCGCCAUCAAAGCGUAAACACGUCGCCGCAGUACAGAAUGAAAUCCUCGAAUGGAGCAUGCGCGUCACAGCGGUAUUCCGAGAUGCGGAGAAAAGCCCCGGGAAGCGUUUCGGGUCCGCAAAUGUGAACAUCGCCUGGAACUCGCUCACUGCUUUGCUAAAUAAGCGAUCAGAGCUCGCACAGGUGCUAUCGUACCCAUCAUAUGCUCACUUCGUAGCUCUCGACAAGUUGCUUCGCCACCCCCAUGGCGUAGUAUCGUUUCUCAACUCAGUUUCUUCGAUGUUGAAUGAGGUGCGAAGGAAGCGCCAGCAUGAUAGCCUUUCCCUUCAACGCUCACGAUGCAGCUCGCUGGCUCGCCGACUCCAGCCAUAUCUUGGUGUUGAUUCGGUUCUAGAAGUGUUGAGCGGCUUACUCUGUGAGUUGUUUGGAAUUCGCAUUUAUCGGCUCCGUCAAAACCAAGUCAGGGGAGUCAUCUGGCAUCCAAGCGUAGAGCACGCUAUGUUGGUGGACGCGCGGAACGGGAACUUCGUCGGCGAGGUGUUUUUUGAUUUGUUUGCUCGCGAUGGCAAGAUGCCGGGAGCAGCGCACUACGCGUUACGAGGGAGUCGUCGACUACGUGAUGGCUCCAGUCAGCUGCCGAGCGCUGCCAUUGUCUGUGAUUUUCCGCCUAUAAUAAGAAAAGCGGGGAUGCAACAUUAUCAGUUGGAGACUCUCCUGCAUGAACUUGGACAUGUUUUACAUACGAUUAUGUCGAGAACGCGCUUCCAGCACCUCUCUGGAACUCGCGGUCCAAUGGAUUUUGUGGAAAUCCCGAGCCAUCUCAUGGAAAACUUUGCGUGGGAUGCUGCUUGGAUGCGCCGUUUCGCCCCAAAUGGGCCACGUCAAUUUUUGGCAGAACUUGAAGAGGCGAGACAGGAGGCCGUUGUCGCGGAGAUAGCUCUGCAGACGCCUUUCGCGGCGCUGGACCUGGCACUCCACUCCCAUGAUCAUUUUGGAUGGGGUAAUGAGGCGCGAUCGAAGAUCAAAAGAAUUAUCGCUGAGGUCGUUCGGGAAUACGGGCGCUUGGAACAAGUCUUGUAUCGGGAUGGAAUCCCAUAUAUGCCGCAUAUCAUUGGUUAUGGAGGAUGCUACUAUUCUUACCUUUUGGCAAGAAUACUCGCAGCAGAAGUAUGGAAUCGGCUGUUUCGUGAUUCCAAGUUAUCUAUGGCGGCUGCAGGGGAGCUUUUACGGAAUGGGUUUUUCCGUUUCGGCGCUUCCAAAGAACCGCGAGAAAUUCUUGCUACGGUUCUCAACGGUGAAGAACCGAGCUUCCGGGGUAUUGCGGAAGCUAUCGGCAUGGCUGAUAGCCAGUAUGCAACGCUGCCAGUUUUGGCCUCGGCAAAUCGUUCCGAAUUGUGCGCUGAACCCUCAGCUUGA